AUGCCGCCACCACUCGUCGUCAAUGACGCGGUAGAUACAACGCCGCACCACCUGGCAACCUCCACACCAUCGCCACUGCUGGAGCUACUUGGAGCCCACCAUCCACAACAUCUCUCCCCCGAACAGCAGUUCCUCCCAAGACGGCGCCUCCAUGGAGGAUACGACGCGCAGGACGCCGCCGCCGCCCAAUCCAGACUGAAUUUUGGACUUUCGUUGGAUAGGAAAAAGCUGCGGAAGAUCAAGGAUUGGGCCAAGCAUCACAGCAAGUAUGUCGUGCAGUUCGCUCUUAGUGUGGAGCAAGCAAGGGCUGGAAAACGAGCCCAGCUUCGUGAGCACUGCCCGAUCGCGUUCAACAACUAUCUCACAUGGUUUCUUGCAAGUACCCGCGUGGAGGUAUGCCAGCCGGCGUAUGCUGAGGAGAUUCUGGAAGAACCCACCGUUUUCGAUGAGGUAGCCCAGCACCAGUACAACGCAUUAGUCAGGAAAGGCAACUCAGUGAUCCCUUCAGCUCCAAUGAUGAACUUUGUGCGUGCCCAGAUCAAGAAAGCAGCUGAUGAGACCGAGACUAUUCUGGAAACAACCCCGGCUGGCAAAAGCGAUGGGGAAAAGGUGCACUUUGAGCAUUCAUUAAGGUUCACAUCUCCUUCAAACUAG